UACCAGAAGUUGGCCGUUCGAGCUGACCUGUUUCUGAGUUACACACUUUCUUUUUGUAUUAUUUAACAAUGACUUCCUUAAUUGACAUGAGUUUAGAGGAUAUCAUACAAAAACGACGGAAAGAAAAUAAAAGAUCAAAAAUCAAGCCUCAAAAUGGCAAUCCCAAAAGCCAACCCAAGCCUACAACUCAAAAAAAGAUUCCGAUAGUUGACGCCAGAAUUAAAAUUAUUUCCAAAAAGCGUACACAAAUAACAGAUGCACGUGAAAAAUUGGCUGAACUAGCUAAACAUAAGGAUGCACGUCUGAAACUCGAACAAAUGAGAAAACAGAGGGGUUCAAGAUUGCAAACAAAGGAUAGGAACAUUUUUAAUAGGAAUCAGCUGCCAUUUAUGAGAACUGUCCAAAAUAAAGAAAGAGUAUUUCUAGACCCCUCAAGGCAAGUGCGUUCUCAGCCCCUCCAUAGGGCCAAGAUGGCGGUAAAUCGGCAGCUAACCACUAACAGGAGGAAUAUAGAGACCAGAUCAUUUGAAAAUAGGUCCAUUGGUCUUAGAACAAACAAGUUCUCGGUUAAUGUAUCAAAUUGGAAACAGACGAAAAAUACUGAAAUCGUUGCAAGGCUGUGGUUCAGUAACAAGGGAUUGGGGUACAACUAUAAAUGUGGAGAUAGCGAUGAAACAAAUAUUCUAUUCAUCUCAUCAAUCGAGGCGCUAGCACCUGACGUGGACAUUUACAAGUGGGAGGCGGCCCGGAGCGAUCUCAAGAUGCUGAUCAAAGAACUUCUGGAGGAGAGGUCCAUUCUUCAGUUACACUCGGGAUACCAUGCGGAGGGGCUUUUGCUGGAGGUGCUAAGAAAGCACAACAUUAGAUCAUUCCUCUCCGUGCCUCUUAAACAGAAAACUUUAAUCUGGAAAGACGCGGGGAUGUGGUUCGUGGAGGGAAAAUCUACAGAGACUGCCCUACUCGAUGACCCGGUUGACAAGGUGCAGAAAACCUUAGAGGACAAGCCAACCGCUAUAUGUGCAUUCCUUGAUGUCGAGUGUGCUUUCAACAACACGUUCACAGAGACCAUACUCAAGGGAGUAGACGAAACCGGCCAUCAGAUGACAGGAAUUACCAGAGGGAGGAAUGCACCAUUGAAACCAAUUGUGAGAACUGUUGAAAAUGACAUUGAAAUGUAUGAUGAUCCCAUGGAGAGUGAUGUAGAGAUGGAGCCACGGGUAUCCUUGAACCGUAAAGCUAGUCUGCAGCUAAAGAUAAUAGCACAUAACAAUGAACCACGGGAGAGCAGAAGCUCUGCACACAGGAGUGCUCCCGUAGAACGCGACAUGAGUCCACCUAGACCGCCUUCAAUACUAAAGAAGCGCCCGAUGGCUGCGCUCAGAGCUGAGAAGAAAGUCGAGAGGCCGGAGAAGCCGAAUACGGAGUACAGGAUCAUCGUCAGCAGCUUGGGCAGCACUGUCACCGCUGGGGACAUUGAGGAAUUGUUUGGUGACGUUGGUGGCAUGAUAGAGUCCCGUCUUGUCCGUCCGGGCACGGCUGAAGUGAUCUAUAAGACCUUAGAAGACGCCCAGCGUGCCGUCGACCUCUACCACAAACGGCAACUGGACGGGCAGCCAAUGAACUGCUUGCUGGUCACCCCGCGGACUAAUGCAGCUCCAGCAAGAAGUGGAAACAAACCCGGAUUAUACAGCACCAAUUCAAACGUUGAACCUGAUCUGUCCACUUUCCACAAGGUGUUAUUCAGUAAUUUGUAAGUUAAUAAUAUCCAAAACAUAAU